AUGGCUGAACAAACUAUAGUUAAAGGUGCUGGAAGGAACAAAAGACCUUGGACAGUAGAGGAAGAUGCAAAGCUGAUUGAUGCACUUAUGGAGUUACAUGUAUCUGGAAAGUAUUCAGGGGCUGAUAAUGGCUUCAAGCCGGGAUAUCUUAAAGCUGUACAAAGCCUGUUGGAUGUAUCUCUUCCUAAUGCGGGAUUAAAGGCAGACCCUCAUAUUAAGUCAAGGAUGAAGACGUUGAAGUCAAAUUUCAGCACUGUGCACGACAUGUUAGUCGGCACCAACACAAGUGGCUUCGGUUGGAAUUCCAAAACAUGUUGUAUUGAUGCGGAAGACCAAGUCUGGGAUGAAUAUAUCAAGUACCACAAAACUGCUGCUUAUUUUCGAGGCAAGCCUUUACCAUUCUAUGAGAAACUUUGUAGCAUCUUUGGCAAAGAUAGAGCUACGGGAUCUCGUGCUGAGGAUCUUGGAGAUGAAGAUAUUGGAGAUGAGGCAUAA